AGGGAGGAAAAAAUAAAUGCCGCUGGGCGCAUAUAGCUUUCAGCUGGUGGCGGUGGGCGUGGGGCCUGUGUGGCCCGGCAGCCGCCGCCGCCGCACAAGCAACGAACCAAGCAGCUGGAGGCGAGGCGAGGAAGAGGGAGAGGGAGAGGAGGCCGUGUCUAUUUAACCCAACCAACGCAUUGCCCCGACGCCCGCCCCACUCCAAAGUCCAAAAGCGAGGAAAGGAAGGAGGACGUCGCGCAAGAAACGAAAGCCACCCGCCCCGCCCGCCUCCAACCGCGCUUAAAUGCGCGCCUUUCUUCUUCCGCGUUAAACCCUCCGGCUGUCUCAUCGCUCCGCGUAGUAAACUCUUGUUACAAAAGGCCAGCUGCUCGUUUGCUCCGCCGCGCGCCGUCGGUUGGCUGCUCGCUCGCUCUGGCUGGGCGGCGUCGGUUGCUCGGCUGAGUCCGGCCGGGGAGCGAGCAAUGCACAUUGCGACCUGCGUGUGGCAAGAGAAGGCGUCGGCCGGCGGCAUGGGGGGAGCUGCUGCUGGUGGAGGCGGCUGCGCCGGCGGAGAGUGGGGCGCGGCGCGCGCGAAGGUGGCGUCGGUGCUGGGCGUGGCCGGGUGCGCGCUCAACUGCGCGGUGAGCUUCGUGGUGUUCUCGGCGCUGGACGUGCUGGACGUGGUGCUGUGCCUGGUGUACAAGCUGGUGGACUACGCGGCGGAGGCGGAGUGGAAGUCGUGCUACUGCGCGGCGGCGUCGGGCCCGCGGGCGGCGCAGCUGCCCCUCGCCGCCGCGCCACCAGCGGCGGGCGGGCCCAAGGUGGUGCGGCUGUCGGCGUCGUCCGCGAAGCUGCAGCUGGAGGACGUGUCGGACACGCUGUACGUGCGGCCGUCGCUGCUGGCCGACGCGACGCGGGCGGGCAACGGCAGCGGCAGCGGCGUGGCCCCCGCGCUCACCGUGAGCCCCGCCAUCGCGGAGCUGAUCCGCGGGAAGAUGGACCGGGCCCCGCGGCCGCCGCGGCAGGCGCCGUGCUGGUCCGACUGCGACUGCAAGGUGUGCCACGCCUGGAGCGGGUCCCCGGCGUCGUCGUCCCACCUGUACGUGCACGUCCAGGCGCCGGCGAUGGCGGUGGAGACGGAGGACGUGGUGUUCAUCCACGGCUUCAUCUCGUCGUCCGUGUUCUGGACGGAGACGGUGUUCCCGGCGUUCAGCCCCUCGGCGCGGUCCCGGUACCGGAUGUUCGCCGUGGACCUGCUGGGGUUCGGGCGCAGCCCCAAGCCGGCGGAGUCGCUGUACACGCUGCGCGAGCACGUGGAGAUGAUCGAGCGCUCCGUGCUCCGGCGCUACCGGAUCGGGUCGUUCCACGUGGUGGCGCACUCCCUCGGGUCCGUGCUGGCGCUCGCCCUCGCCGUCAAGUACCCCGCCGCCGUCAGGUCGCUCACGCUCCUCGCGCCGCCCUACUUCCCGGUGCCGGAGUCGGAGUCGGAGUCGGCGGCGCAGUACGUGAUGCGGCGCGUGGCUCCGCGGCGGGUGUGGCCGCCGAUCGCGUUCGGGGCGUCCAUGGCGUGCUGGUACGAGCACGUGAGCCGCACCAUCUGCCUCACCAUCUGCCGCCACCACCGCGUCUGGGACCGCCUCUUCAGGAUCUUCACCAGGAACAGGGUGCGGACGUUCCUGAUCGAGGCGUUCAUGUGCCACACGCACAACGCGGCGUGGCACACGCUGCACAACAUCAUCUGCGGCAGCGCGGGGCGGAUGGGCGCGUACCUGGACGCGGUGGACAGGGGGCUGUCCUGCAAGGUGGCGUUCUUCCACGGCCGCGACGACGAGCUGCUCCCCGUCGAAUGCACGCUGGCGGCGGGCGCCAGGGUGCCCCGCGCGCGCGUCACCGUCUACGACCGCAAGGACCACAUCACCAUCGUCGUCGGACAGGAGCGACUCUUCGCCGCCGAGCUAGAGGCCAUCUGGAGGGCCGACUAGCUAGCGCUAGCUGCCUCUGCUAGUACGUACCCGUUGCGUUGCGUUGCGUUGCUUGCGUACGUCCCUCUCGGACGACAAACGCUUUUGCUGCUGCUGCUGGUUCUGGUUCUGGCAGUCAGUGUGCACAGAACGAAUGAAGCUAGGCAAUAACAUGCAUGGUAGCCUGCAAAACAUCCAAGAACAUGUACGUACAAUUGUAGGAUGACCGCUGUAUCAUCUCUCUCUCUCUCUUUUUUUUUCUGGUAUAAAUUCGAGUGUCCUCAACGGACCAUAUAUAUAUAUGUGUAUGUAUACCCUAAACCUAUACGAGAGUACGAGACUCACUCGUCAGUCAGUCA